GACUGACUAAAAUAGAGGAGUAUUGGAGAUUCAACGUCUUUUCUUUGCAAUUUUAUUCAUGGAGUCUUCUUCGUCUUCGUCUCCGUCUCGAAACUGGAGAUUCAAUGUCUUCCCGAGCUUCUGCGGCGAAGAUCUCCGCAGAAACUUCCUCAGCCACUUCCUCAAGGAGUUGCAAAGGAAAGGAAUCACUACUUUCAUCGAUCAUGAGAUCAAGAGGAGCAAAGCUAUCGGCCCUGAGCUCGUGGCAGCGAUCAGAGAAUCCAGGAUCGCCGUCAUCUUGCUCUCGAAGAACUACGCAUCUUCCACGUGGUGUUUGAACGAAUUACUUCAAAUCAUGAGCUGCAAGGAAGAGAUGGGCCAAACAGUGAUGCCGGUUUUCUACGAGGUUGAUCCAUCUCAUGUCAGAAAGCAGGCGGGAGAUUUCGGAAACAUCUUCGAAGAAACUUGUGUGGGGAAGUCAGAAGAAGUGAGGCAGAGAUGGUCACGUGCUCUGACGGACGUCUCGAAUCUUGCUGGAGUGGAUUCUCGCCUUUGGAACAAUGAAGCGGAUAUGAUUGAGAAACUUGCGUUGGAUAUCUCUAAUGCGUUAAACGUUACACCUUCAAAGGACUUUGAUGAUCUAGUUGGUAUAGAAGCUCAUAUCGAGAAUCUGAAGCCAUUGGUAUCUCUAGAGUCUAGUGAAGUGAGGAUGGUAGGUAUUUGGGGUCCUGCGGGAAUCGGGAAGACAACCAUUGCAAGAGCUCUAUACGCUCGACUCUCUCCUACCUUCCAGCAUAGUGCAUUCAUGGAGAACAUUAAGGAAAGGUAUAGGAGAAUCAACCUUGACCGUUACGGUUCGAAGUUGCAUCUGCAAGAAGAGUGUUUGUCUAAGCUUAUCAACCAUAAUGAUAUUAAGAUACCUCAUUUAGGUGUGGUAAGAGAAAGGUUGAAGGACAAGAGAGUUCUUGUUGUUCUUGAUGAUGUAGAUGAACUUGAGCAACUCAUUGCCUUGGCAAAAGAGCCUCGAUGGUUUGGUUCUGGAAGUAGGAUUGUAGUGACAACACAAGAUAGACAGCUUCUGAAAGCACAUGGUAUCGACCUUGUAUACAAGGUGGAGCUUCCGUCUCCAACAGAAGCUCUUGAGAUCUUCUGGCAAUCUGCUUUUGGGCAAAAGCAGCAUCCUCCUUGUGUUGGUAUCAGGGAGCUUGCGUUACAAGUUACUCGUCUUGCUGGCUAUCUUCCUUUGGGUUUAACCGUUUUGGGCUCGUACUUGAGAGGGUUUUCUAAAGAAGAGUGGGAAUAUGCAAUGCCUAGACUUACCACAAGUCUUGAUGGUAAGAUUGAGAAGACUUUGAGAUUCAGCUAUGAUGUCUUGCAUGGUAAAGAUAAAGCCAUGUUUCUUCACAUUGCUUGUUUGUUCAAUGGUAAGAACGUGGAUGAUAUUAAGGCGUUGCUUGAGAACAGUAACGUGGACGUUGACCACGGACUUAAAAUCUUAGCUGAUAAAUCCCUCGUAGAUACUCAUUGGGGACGCAUACAUAUGCACUCUCUGCUACAAAAAAUGGGUAGAGAGAUCGUCUGUCAACAGUCUGUUCACGAGCCUGGAAAACGUCAGUUCUUGGUUGAUGCUGAGGAGAUUAGGGAUGUACUUGCCUCCAACUCAGGUACUGGAACUGUCUUAGGCAUAUCAUUCGAUGUGUCGAAAAUCCACAGUGAGUUAUCAAUAAGUAAGGAAGCCUUUGGAGGAAUGCAUAAUCUUCAGUUCUUGGAGAUAUACAAGAAAAGGAAUGGUAGAUCUAGAUUAAAUCUGCCACAGGGUCUAAACUAUUUAACCCACAAACUUAGACUGCUACAUUGGGACUCGUUUCCUAUGAGAUCUUUGCCUUCCAAGUUCUCUCCAGAUUUCCUUGUGGAACUCAGAAUGACAUCUAGCAAGCUUGAGAAACUCUGGCAAGGAAUCAUACCACUAAGGAGUCUCAAAGUGAUGGAUGUGAGUUUCUCCACCAAGCUCAAAGAGAUUCCUCAUCUCUCAAACGCCACAAACCUUAGGAAAAUUUCAGCACGUGGCUGCAAAAGCCUGAGUGCAUUCCCACAUGUCCCUGACAGCAUCGAAGAGCUUGAACUAAGCUACACGGGAAUAAAAGAAGUUCCUCCACGGAUCGAGAAUCUCUGUAUGCUGCAGAGACUCAAUAUGAGUGAUUGCAAUAAAUUGACCAAUAUCUCUAUCAACAUUUCAAACCUCGAGAAUCUUGAAGAUGUGGAUUUCUCAGACAGUACGAAGGGUAUCCCGUUUACUGCAUUAGUUAGUUGGCUCUGUGGUCUCAGGAAAAGGCUGGCGUUAAGGGCUAAUAAUAUUGAAGAAAUGUUACCAAAAUGUCUACCGAGGAAGGCAUAUACUACUCCAGUUUCACUGGAUUUGAGCCGUAAUGAAGAUAUCAGAACCAUUCCAGACUGCAUCAAACAUAUCUCUCAACUUCAUAAGCUUGACAUUGGAGGGUGCAGGAAGCUCACAUCGCUUCCACAGCUUCCAGCAUCGCUUUCAGAGCUAAAUGCACAAGAGUGCGCGUCUCUUGAGAGAAUACAUGGUUCGUUUCACAAUCCAGACAUCUGUCUCAAUUUUGCAAACUGCUUGAAACUCAGCAGAGAAGCGAGAGAGCUCAUAUGUGCAUCACCUAGCAGAUACGCAAUCUUACCUGUUGAAGAAGCAAUGGUUCAAAAACCCUUUCCUCGAUUCUUGAGAUAUAACUAUAAGGCUUGCAUUAAGCUUGUGGCUCGCUCAGCUGUCUAUGACGAUGACUCUGGUGGUAUUGCUCGUAUAGCUUGUUGUAUCAGGCGCAAAUGCGAUGGCAGUGUUGUGAGAGAUGAAUCUAGACAGUCACAUAUACCUGUACUUGUGAAAGAUCAUCUCUUUACAUUUGGAGGUUCUUUGAUCCUAAACAAAGGCAAUGAACCUGAAGUAGAUGCAACAUUCAGCGAGCUUAUGUUCGAUUUCAAGGCCAACAUUAAAAUGGAGAUUAUAGGAUGUCAAUUUACACUUCUUGGGGGCAAAAGGGACUAUGCUACAUAUUCUAGAUGGAAUGAAGAAGUUUCAAGGCUGGAAGAUUAAAGAUAAAUAAAUAAAAAGAUAAAGCCAUGAAACAGAGGAACAAAGAUAGGAUCCUCAAUGAAGAAGAUUGUUCUGUUUUUUUUUGAAUUUAGUAAGUUUUUGUUACAUAUUUUUAUAAGAUCCAAACGUUUAUUUUAUCCAUUAGAACAGUUUUCGAAUAUUC